CUCUUUUCUCCAAUUAUCGCUUACUCCCUUCUUCUCUUUCCUCAGAAGAAGAAGAAACCGAAGGAGGAGGGUAGGUGCGGGGCUUCCAAUUCAGCGGAAUUCUCGAGUUCUUGGGGUGCUUCCGCCCUAGGAUUUUUGCUACUGAGGGUGGAGAGAGAGGAUUAGGGAAGGAGGGAAAGAUGCGUCCCAGCUUUGGCCGGAGCUGCCUCGCCUUCCUCGUCAAGUUCUUUAGCUUCUUGCAGGCAUUCGUCGGUGUCUCGAUCUUGAUCUAUUCAGUGUGGGUGCUGAAUAGCUGGAACCGAGAAGGGCUUGGUCUCGAUGUCGAAGGGCUCCCGGCUCCUUGGUUUAUAUGCUCUAUGAUGGCUGUCGGGGUUUUGCUGUGUCUGGUUGCUUUCACAGGACACGUUGCUGCUGAAGUUGUCAAUGGUUGCUGCCUCUGUUGUUUUGCAGUAUUGAUUACCAUACUCAUUUUACUAGAAGCAGCUUUAGUGGGUGUUCUGGUGUUGGAUAAACACUGGGAAGAGGAUCUUCCAUUUGACUCUACUGGAGAACUGAAGAGGCUCUGUGCAUUUAUAAAAGAGAAUAUGGAUAUAUGCAAGUGGGUUGCUCUAACUGUGACUGUUAUUCAGGCACUCUCCCUUCUUUUGGCAGUGCUUUUGAGAGCCAUGGUUCCUGCUGGAAGAGUAGACUAUGAUGGUGAUGAAGAUUUCAUAGUUGCAAGGAGACCACUUUUAAGUCCACAAGGUGGCGCAACUUAUCCUACAACCUCUGGUGAAGGCAAAGGGUUUCACUCCGACUUCUGGAGCUCACAAUUGAGACAGAAGUUGGCAGACACUGAUUUUUGUUCUUGGUAAGAAUUUCCUUCGAGCUACAAUCAAAUUGAGGUGAGAAUUUAAGCUGCAAAAUCUGGAUCAUGCCUAUAUUAUGGUCAAAGCCCUUUUCAAACCUCAGAUGGGUGUGAUUAGAUUGCCCUUGUCAAAAUGAAGGAUCGCCGACUAUAACAACGUAAUCUGGUUACUGUAUGAAAGGUUUUUACACUCUUAUUUUCACUUUCAGCCCUCUUUUGUUUGAUCAUUCCAUUAACAGGCAUAUUGAACCGACAUGAGUAUGUAAGUGAGAAACUCUUACUCGUGGCAUGUACCUCCACACUUGCCCUUAUUCUGGAGGUCCCACCUCGGAAGCUAUGGGGCUCACUCAUGUUUUGGCAAGCUGUAUGUAUUUGCCAUGUUCUUCACCUACACGAGCAUGCUGCGUUAGCACAGUUCUUACAUUAAACUUUUUAGCAUAAUUGUGCUGCAACUCCAAUCUAACCUGUUCACUAAUUUCUUGCAUUCCAAAUAAUGUC